UGAAAACAUGAAGAUUGAUUUUGCCCCUAGAAACGUGCCGCUUCACAGGAGACUGCAGACAGCCGCCGUGCUGCAGUGGGUCUACUCCUUCUUGGGUCUGGCACCAACCUGCAUCUUUGUGUUCAUCUACCUGCUGUUCACACGCUAUUGGCUGAUCAGUGUGCUGUAUAGUGUCUGGUGGUUCAUCGACUAUGACACUCCUGCACGCGGUGGCCGCAGGGUUCCCUACCUAUGUGGCAUCAAAGUGUGGGACUACAUGAGAGAUUACUUCCCGAUCAAGCUGGUGAAGACGGUUGACCUUGACCCCAGGAAAAACUACAUCCUGGGUUUCCACCCCCAUGGGGUGCUGGUGGCUGGAGCCUUUACCAACUUUUGCACCUAUGCCACAGGAUUCAGACAGCUGUUUCCUGGCUUAACAAGCUACCUGCUCAUGUUGCCCCUAUGGUUCAGAGCCCCAUUCUUCAGAGACUACAUCAUGUGGGCAGGUCUGGUUCCAUCAGACAAAGAGACUGCCAGCUAUCUGCUGUGCCGGAGGGGUGGUGGCAACGCUGUUGUAAUAGCAGUGGGGGGAGCCCCGGAGGCCCUUGACGCCCAUCCUGGGACUUACAAUGUGCUCUUGGCGAAUAAGAAAGGCUUCGUCAAACUGGCCAUGGAAUACGGUGCCCAUCUAGUGCCGGUCUUCUCUUUUGGAGAGAAUGAAGUGUUUGAUCAAGUGGAAAACCCAAGAGGCACGUGGCUCCGAUGGAUACAGGAAAGGCUACAAGCCAUUAUGGGUAUCUCCCUGCCUCUUUUUCAUGCACGUGGUAUUUUCCAGUACUCCUUUGGUCUCAUGCCUUACAGAAAACCCAUCACCACAGUGGUGGGGCGGCCAAUCAGGGUGGAGAAGAACGAGAAGCCCACUGUAGAGGAUCUUGAUGCCCUCCAUCAGCUUUACAUGGACGAACUCAGCAGUUUGUUUGAGGAGCACAAAAGCAACUACGGCGUGGACAAAGACACACACCUGAACUUUGUUUAA